AUGCAGCGGGAGACCCUUUCGUUUGAGCUCGUGUGCGCGGGAGCGCUGCGCAUUGUCGCGAUGCGGGCGCCAAUACGAGGGCGGCGCGAGUGGCCCACAGUCUCCUCGACCCACGCCGGGCUUUUUGCGGCCGAGCACGCUCCGACGAAUUCACGCCACUUUUUCGGCCGAACCCAACCCACUCGUCCCGCAUCCCAGCCGCAGUGCGGCCGCGGGACCUCCACGGCCCCUCGCGCACCGUGUCUCCUGGCAAGGUCUAGGCUCACCGCCGCGCGGCUCGCGCCCCACACUGAGCCCGCCCGCGCCCGCCGCGGCCCCUCUGCAGGUCGAGCAACAAUCCGCGCCACGCACGGCGGCCCGCACGGACACACGCGCUGCCGGACCGACACCAUGGUCUGCAGCGAACACCACUCGCAUUCCACGCGGCCGAGCAACGGCGCGUGCCACGGCCUGGUGCGCUGCCGCCAGUUCUUCCAGCAGUGCGAGAGCUGCCCGCCCGGAUCGUGCGCCAAGGCCCAGGACCUCCUCCUGAAGUACUACUGCCUGGACUGCCGCGUGCCCCUGUGCUGCGGGUGCCGCAGCCAGCACGCGACGCACGACGUGCUCCAGGUGCGGCGCUCGUCCUACCGCGAGGUGAUCAAGGCCAAGGAGCUGGCCCGCGUGACGGACACGUCGGGCAUCCAGACGUACGUGAUCAACAGCAACAAGGUCAUCUUCAUCCACUUCCGCCACCAGGCCCACCCGCCCAAGGGCCUCAAGCCGCCCGCCAACUGCGUCAACUGCUCGCGGCAGCUCCUGGACGCCCAGGCCCAGUUUUGCUCCCUGCAGUGCUGCAUGGACGCCCGCAGCGACGGCGACGAGAAGCCGCGCGGGACGCUCCCGGGCAGCCCCGUGUCGGACAACGAGCGCGGGCACUCGAGCAUGAACGAGACGUGCACCGUGUCCGAGGAGGUGUCGCGGGACGUCUCGUACGCCGCGCUCCCCAUCGACGGAGCCGCGCACCUCGAGACGAAGUUCGAGGCGCUCCCCACCCCCAAGCGGCGCUCGCGCGCCGACAAGUACUCGGCGUCCCCCUCGCCCAAGCGCCGCAAGGCCUCGGCGCCCAUGCGCGCCAUCAUCUAG